UGCCCCCUCCCUUCCUCCCGACCCGCCUCCUGUGUCUCCCAGCCCUGCUCUGACGUGGGAGGUGAGGGGGUGGGGGGACGGAUGACUCACAGUGUUAUGAUGCAGUUCCACAACACACAGCUACAUUCACCCACAGACCGAGGUACAGACGAGAGACAACCUCUGGCCCCCCAGCAGCUGGCCAGCUUGGCAGCCCCAGUCUCGAGCCCCUAACUACUCUCCCCCGCCCCCAUCCCCUUCCCAAUUGAAGGAGCGGAAAGAGAAGAGAGAAGAGUGAGCAGAGAGAUUGAGAGAUUGAGAGAGAGAGAGAUAGACGGAGAUCUCUGGAGCAGACCUCAAGGUGACUUCCAUUUCUAUCUGGUUCACGUCUGGGGGGGCCCUGGCCGGGCAGCCCCCCCACAUUUCUCCUGCCCCGAAACACGGCUCUAGCCAACCUGCUUCGCUGCUUCACCUGCGACCGACUGUGUGGGGGCUGCACGGCGCCAGCCCCUCCAGCCCGCCAGGGCAUCGUCCUCCAGCCCGUCAUGCCCAGCUGCGACCCAGGCCCGGGCCCUGCCUGCCUCCCCGCCAAGACGUUCCGCAGCUACCUGCCUCGUUGCCACCGCACCUACAGCUGCGUCCACUGCCGUGCGCACCUGGCCAAACACGAUGAGCUUAUUUCCAAGUCUUUCCAAGGGAGCCAUGGCCGAGCCUACCUGUUUAACUCCGUGGUCAACGUGGGCUGUGGACCAGCCGAACAGCGCCUCCUGCUCACGGGGCUCCACUCGGUAGCUGAUAUUUUCUGCGAGAGCUGCAAAACCACGCUGGGCUGGAAAUACGAGCAGGCUUUUGAGACGAGCCAGAAGUACAAGGAGGGGAAGUACAUCAUUGAAAUGUCACACAUGGUGAAGGACAACGGCUGGGACUGAGGGGCUCAGGCAGGCUGUGCCCUUCCUCCGCAUGCCCACCCUCCCCGCACCCGUCCCCGGGCCCUGCCAAGCAGUCCAUACCAGCAUGAGUACUGCCCCACCCCUGGGGGGAACCCAGCUCCCGGCACCCCUCCCCCGCCUCCACCUCAUCACCCCCAGGCCCCUUUGGAACAGGGGUCUGGGGUACCCCAGGGGUGUUCAAGGCUCAGGAGUGGGCAGCAGUCAGGGAGAGCCAGAACUGGGGAAAGGGGAUGGUUGCGGGUUCUUCUAGCCCUAAGAUCCUGAAAAUGGAGGUGAGAGCAGGGCGGAGAUCAGGCAGAGGACCAAGGGAGGACCCGUUUCUGCCCCAACCUCUUUUUGAGAGAACGGAGGACAAGUUUUGAGGCAUGGGGCUGGUAGAUCCCAGCCCACAGAAUAGCAGGUGAGAAGGGGCUCGAGUUGGGAGUGAAAUUUUGGUCUCAGACACUGCGACACACUGGAGUCUCUGAGGGUGAAGUUUCCCACCCCUGUUUGUAGGAGAAAGCACUCGGGGGUGGAAGGAAAGAAAUCCCAGAUCCCAGGCCCUGGGAAAUGAAAGAAUCACAGGGGUUUCCAUUUUACUCCACUUGUUAGUUUAUCUUGGCACUAAAGAGGCACUUUCGAGUACGUGACUUUCGCCAGGGAGCGGGGUGGGAGAAGCUGCCGCUGGAACAGCCCCCACCCCCCACUGGCUGUUUCCAGAUCGAGCAGUCCGUACGGGCAUCCUGAGGCCCAGCCACUGCUCCCUGGGACCCAGUCCCUUGGAGGGGAGGUGGGACAUCAGUGCCACGGGGCCAGGCUUCCUCGUGGCUGCCACCAGCGAACGAAACUUUUGUAUGAUACAUAAAGUGUUUGGGUCUAUUUUUAAUAAAAAGGGGUAAAGCAACCGUGAGGCACUCUCUCGACUUUGCUUCCCAUGCACAGACCUUAACUUAUACUAUUCUGUCACACUCCCCCCAGUACCUGUCCCUUUAGGCCACUAGAGGGCAGCAAUUGCUUUGUCUGUGUCGAGACCCCACUUGAGCCCUCACCAGGGGGAUGGGUCUUCAGGUGAGGUUUGCUUAGUGAAGCGAGGGCUUUUGUGAGCAGUGUUUCCAAAGGGGGCAACCAAAACAGCGCCUCUUCCAGAGCCCUUGACAAUGAAUCAGGUAUUGCCUGGAUCCAGGAUUGGGCACCUGGAAGAGGCUCACCCCUGAACAAGGGUGUUCUUGGGUCCUAUUGCCUUUCAGCCUGGACUUGGAAUGUUUGGGUCAGCUCAUGGCCACACUCGAGGCUGAAAGGAAAAUCGAUCAAGCAAGGCAGCUUGAUCCAAAGUGGAACUGAACAGCUCAAGAUGGCAGCCAUCAGUGCAACCAUGUGACCCACGUGCAUUUUCGGGGCAGUGAUGUGAAAUUCCCAUUGUUGUUGGGUCACUGACAACCGCAGGGAGGACUGUACACAUCAUAAAAAUCACCUUUUGUAAGCUA